CUCUUAGAAAAAAGGGUUCCAAAAGGGUUCUUUGGCUGUCCCCCUUUUUGUUUCCAGGUAAAAACCCGUUUUGGUUUCAGGUAGAACCAUUUGGGGUUCCAUGUAAAACCCUCUGUGGAAAGGGUUAUACAUGGAACCCAAAAGGGUUCUUCAAAGUGUUCUCCUAAGGGGACAGCUGAAGAACCCUUUUAGGUUCUAGAUAGCACUUUUUCUAAGAGUAUAGGGUGAGCAUUGAGCCAGGGUGUUGACAUGAGUUUAGGGUUAAGGUUAUAGCUAGGGUUAGGGUUGAGCCAGGGUGUGAAUGUAGGAUACAUGGUGUGGUCUCUUAAUGAGGUAGCGUUGCCUGCGACUUCAAAAUCAGUGCAAGAGAAUUGGACUACCAGUGUAAACGCAGCCCGAAAUACACAACAGUAUCUGUGUGCUGCCAUCCUGUUAGAAGGUAACAGAUUAUUUUAUUACAAUGGUUAAAUUGGAUUUUCAUUGUGUUCAAUGGUGUUAUUUGCCUCCUAGUGGCGCUUUCUGGUACUUAGAAAGUCAACGCAAACGGGAAGUUCAGAAUUUGUUUUGCACGCAUAGAAAGAAGCAGCUACAAACAACGCUACAGUGCAGGUCUUCCAAUGUAGUUAUUUCUUGUCACGCUUCAGCCUUGGAAAAAUAUUUGUUUGUAAGUUCGUUUCAAGCAUUUAGCUAAUGAUGAUAAUCUUGUUAUUGAUAGAGUUUCUUACAUAUCAAUCAAUGUUGGUUGCAUUUACUCACAAAUUGCAAUGCCUUUAAUGUAUGUCGUUAGCUGUAUUACUUUGCUCAUGCGUCAUGCAAACGAAUUGUAAAAUAUACAAUACUGUAGUUUUGUUACUGUUUCUAGUGUAAUAUGCUUUGUUAUUCUACAUAGAUGGUUAUACAUUAUUAGAGUAAUGAAAGGAGCAAUUACCAUAUGGUUAACAAUUAGCUAUAUGGUUUGGCAUCAUGCCAGAUGCAUGGUACCUUAGCGCGUGCUUUGUAUUUAUGCAACUUCAAAUGUUUAAUGUACAGCUACAGUAUGUCGGUGUGAAUUGAACACUAAAGUAUAUUCUUUUCUGUAUUUUGCAGUUUCACAACAUAAACGUUUCAAUAUAUUCAUUCAAGAAAAGUCACGCCUUGGGAGUUUUAUUGAAGACUUAGUUGUUAGCUAUCUGUCUAGUUUUGCAUGGGAACGCAACUCAAGGGCAGAAUAGUGAAAAAACAUCAUCACAUCGGGCUCAAGCACAAGAAUAACUGCACACGGUGGUUAUGUUUCUACGUUCAUCAGCCAACAAAGCCUCUUAUCCUAGGGAAGACCAGCAGUCUACGAUGCAACAACCAGAGCCAGGUGUUCAACAGAGAGAGAUGGAAGAGCCUCUUCAGCACAUUGGGACCAAGUCUCAAUCUACAAGAUCAAGGUCAUCAAAACAGUCAAGCAGAUCCUCAACGGCGAGUUCUGCAGCCAUCAAAGCACGCGCCAAGGCGGAGGCAGCACGCGCACAAGUCUCUUAUUCUGAGAAGGAAGCUUCUGUGAUGAAACAAAAGGCAGAAAUAGAGGCCAGCUUGUUGAAGCAAAAGGCAGAAAUAGAGGCCAUCUUGUUGAAGCAAAAGGCAGAAACAGAGAAGCAAAAAGCUGACCUCGAGGCAAGUUUAUAUGUUCUCCAAGUUGAGAGAACAGCUGCUGCUGCAUUGGCUGAAGCUGCAGCCUUUGAAGAAGUUGUAGGAUCAGAACGCAGAGAGCUUCGCAAAGAACUAGACACCGGGACACAGCCCUUAAGUCCAGUCCAACGUACAUGUGAGUACGUACAACAACAUGCUAGGCCCUACUUUGCUGAACUUCCAUUUGAAGUGGAGAAACAAGAGCUUAGUGUUGACCCAGCUACAUGCCAUAAUCCAGAAAGUAGCAAACAAGAGAACAUGAGCAGAGACUCUCCGUUCAAAAGAAAUGAACAGCAGCAUGGUGGAAAUGGAAAGCAAGCCCACUUCCAGUCACACACACACAACUUCCCUGAGUCACAAGUGGCACCAGACAUCACCAAGUACCUCCUACGACGUGAGAUGGUGAGUUCAGGACUCCUGAAGUUUGAUGAUCGCCCUGAAAAUUAUUGGGCAUGGAAAGCAUCCUUUCUCAAUGCGACCAGAGACUUGAAUUUAUCAGCCAGGCAAGAGUUAGAUCUAAUUACCAAGUGGCUAGGGGCAGAGUCGUCUGAGCAAGCAAACAGAAUUAGAUCUGUCCAUAUUUUCAACGCAACAGCAGGGCUUAACAUGGUCUGGCAACGACUAGAAGAGUGCUAUGGUACACCCGAAGUGAUCGAGAAUGCACUGUUGAAGAAAAUUGAUGAUUUUCCUGAACUGACUAACAAAGACAAUCACAAACUAAGAGAACUAGGUGACAUUCUUCUCGAACUGGAGUGUGCUAAAGUAGAAGGGUACCUUCCAGGCCUCGCUUAUCUGGACACAUCUCGGGGGGUAAACCCUAUUGUAGAGAAACCUCCAUUCAGUUUACAAGAAAAAUGGAUAGCACAGGGAUCCAAAUAUAAGGAGGACUAUCGGGUAGCAUUCCCACCAUUCUCGUUCUUCUCGAGAUUCAUCAGGAACCAGGCGAAAAUUAGAAAUGACCCCAGCUUCACCCUCUACACCUCAACUAACCAGGUGUCCAUGAAAAGUGAGAAACCUGCCAGGUACAGCAGCAAGACACCUGUGACUGUAUACAAGACAGAUGUGUCAUCUGAGGCUUCAGACCACCAAACCAAACCCAGUAAGACAAAGGUUGAAAAUCCUGACCGUCACUGCCCAAUACAUAACAAGCCUCAUCCUCUUAAAAAGUGUCGUGGGUUUAGAUACAAAACUCUAGAUGAGCGCAAAUCAUAUCUCAAAGACAAUGGCAUUUGUUUCCGAUGUUGUGGGACAACUCAGCACAGAGCUAAAGACUGUAAGGUUUCAAUCAAGUGCUCUGAGUGCGACAGCGACAGGCAUCUUGCUGCUCUGCAUCCAGGCCCAGCCCCUACAAAUACAUACACCGCUACAGCAGAGACAGAUAAUGGCGGGGAGCAAGGUGACGAUGCUCUUCUAUCUGUCACCUCAAAGUGUACAGAGAUCUGUGGUGAGGCAGUCAAUCCAAGAUCAUGUUCGAAAAUAUGCUUAGUCAAAGCUUAUCCGGCUGGGAAAAGAGAGAAAGCUGUCAAAAUGUAUGUAGUGCUUGAUGAACAAAGUAACAAAUCUCUGGCCAAGACAGAGUUUUUCAGUCUCUUCAACAUCAAUGGCAACUCUGCUCCAUACACCAUGAAGACGUGUUCUGGGGUAACAGAGACUUCAGGCAGGAGAGCCGUCAACUUCAUGUUGGAGUCUAUAGAUGGACACAUGCAGCUCACUCUCCCUACUCUGAUAGAGUGUGAUAUGAUGCCAGACGAUAGGAUGGAGAUUCCCUCCCCCGACAUUGCGUAUCAUCAUCCCCAUCUGCAACCAGUUAUGGACAGAAUUCCAGCUGUGGACCCAGACGCUCCCAUCCUCCUGCUCUUAGGACGAGACAUCUUAAGGGUACACAAGGUACGAGAGCAAAUCAAUGGGCCCCACGACACUCCUUAUGCACAGCGACUCGACCUCGGGUGGGUCAUUGUGGGUGAGGUCUGUCUGGGAACGGCUCACCGAACAGCCAAUGUUAACGUGUUCAGGACAAACAUACUUCAAAAUGGUCGCACAUCCUAUCUGAGCCCUUGCCCUGACAUCAUCCAGGUAAAAGAGAACUACAACAGCGUAGCUCAGAAACACAUCUCUCCCUCUACAGUGCACUCGAGAGAUCCAAUCACAACUGUGAACACAGACAGCCUGGGAUGUUCCGUGUUCGACAAAACACAAGACGAUGAUAAACCAGCACCAUCAGUGGAGGACAAAGCCUUCUUGGACAUUAUGGACAAACAGGUUUUCCAGGAUGAUGGAAAAAAACUGGGUGGCUCCACUACCCUUUCGCCCCAAUAGACGUCGCCUUCCUAAUAACAGGGAGCAGGCCAUGAACCGCCUCACAUCACUUCGCAGGACUUUAGACAAAAAGCCUGACAUGAAGCAUCAUUUUAUUGACUUCAUGCAAAAGAUGCUGGAUAACGACCAAGCCGAACCUUCACAGCCACUAGAGGGAGACAAAGAACGUUGGUAUCUGCCCAUAUUUGGUGUUUACCAUCCACAAAAGCCUGAACAAAUACGAGUAGUAUUUGACUCCAGUGCUAAGUGUCAAGGCGUGUCACUUAACGAUGUUCUGCUCAGUGGUCCAGACUUAAACAACACACUCUUGGGUGUCCUAAUGCGUUUCCGCAAGGAUUGCAUUGCACUAACAGCAGAUGUGCAACAAAUGUUUUACUGUUUUCGUGUACGUGAGGAUCACAGAGAUUACUUAAGGUUUCUCUGGUAUGAAGACAACAACCCAGAUAGAAACAUAACUGAGUACAGGAUGAAAGUCCAUGUAUUUGGGAACAGCCCUUCACCAGCCGUAGCCAUCUACUGCAUGAGACGAGCAGCGCUACAGGGUGAGAAGGAACACGGGUCAGAACCCAAGCAAUAUGUAGUGAGGAACUUCUACGUCGAUGAUGGUCUGACAUCAGUAGCUACUACAGAAGAAGCUAUCAAUAUUCUAAGAAAAACACAAGCAAUGUUGGCGGAGUCCAACAUGAAACUACACAAGAUUGCAUCCAAUAGCAAAACAGUUAUGGAAGCCUUCCCUAUGGAGGACCGUGCGAAACACUUAAAAGAUCUGGACCUAGGAGUGGAUCCUCUCCCCUUUCAACGGAGUCUGGGACUUUCCUGGAACCUGGAAACAGACAGCUUCUCAUUCCAGGUGUCCCACAAUGAGAAGCCUUUUACUCUGAGAGGCAUCCUGUCCACGGUGAAUAGUCUUUAUGACCCCCUUGGGUUCGUGGCUCCAAUAACAAUGCAAGGUAAAGCCUUAAUCAGAGAACUCUCUUCUGAUCAGAGUGAGUGGGAUGUCCCUCUUCCAACAGAAAAAGAAGAGAAAUGGAAACAGUGGAAGCAAGUUCAGUGUCUCGCUGACACCUUUUGGAAAAGGUGGAGACAGGAGUUCCUGACAACGCUGCAGAGACGCAGAAAAUAGACAGCAGAAAAGCCAAAUGUAAAAGUGGGAGAUGCUGUCUUAUUGAAAGACAGUCAGGCACACAGAAAUGACUGGCCAGUCAGCCCAGUACUGACAAAAAGGUUAGGAAAGUAGAACUAAAAAUUGUCAAGCAAGGAGCUGCUAAGGUGUUUCUGAGACCAAUCUCAGAGAUUGUUGUUUUUCUUUCUGAAGCAUCCUAGAGACAAAAGAUAAAAAUAGAAAGGACAUUAUUUGUUUCUUGAUAUGUUUUAUUUAAUAGUGGCACAAUUUCAUUAUACCAGGCGGGGAGUGUGCUGCCAUCCUGUUAGAAGGUAACAGAUUAUUUUAUUACAAUGGUUCAAUUGGAUUUUCAUUGUGUUCAAUGGUGUUAUUUGCCCCCUAGUGGCGCUUUCUGGUACUUAGAAAGUCAACGCAAACGGGAAGUUCAGAAUUUGUUUUGCACGCAUAGAAGCAGCUACAAACAACGCUACAGUGCAGGUCUUCCAAUGUAGUUAUUUCUUGUCACGCUUCAGCCUUGGAAAAAUAUUUGUUUGUGUGAGUGUUGACGAGGACAAGGCUGGAGAUCACUCUGCCAUGCUGAUUGAGUUCAAAUAACAGACUGGAAGCUUCAAAAGGACCUGAGCCCUAGGACCGUGCCCCAGGACUACCUGACAUGAUGACUCCUUGCUGUCCCCGGUCCACCUGACUGUGCUGCUGCUCCAGUUUCAACUGUUCUGCCUUGUUAUUAUUCGACCAUGCUGGUCAUUUAUGAACAUUUGAACAUCUUGGCCAUGUUCUGUUAUAAUCUCCACCCGGCACAGCCAGAAGAGGACUGGCCACCCCACAUAGCCUGGUUCCUCUCUAGGUUUCUUCCUAGGUUUUGGCCUUUCUAGGGAGUUUUUCCUAGCCACCGUGCUUCUACACCUGCAUUGCUUGCUGUUUGGGGUUUUAGGCUGGGUUUCUGUACAGCACUUUGAGAUAUCAGCUGAUGUACGAAGGGCUAUAUAAAUAAAUUUGAUUUGAUUUUGAUUUGAUUUAACCCAACAAUAGACUUCCGUAAAAGAUGCCUGGGUUUCAACGUUUCUUUUUUUUCAAUUAAUAGGGACAAAAUAGCAAAGUACAUUUUUUUGUCUCCUCCAAUAUUGAAGAAUGUCAUAGACUAAUCAAUAUAUUCCCAUAUGCAGAGGUAUGUCUUUUGUGGGCCUUUUAAAGCUUGUUUAUAGCAUAAGGCAUCAUGAAGUUAAGUAUUGUUAUAGAAUGCUUUAUAUGAUCUGGAUACCUUUUCUUUAUUUAUUUCAAAAUAUAAAGCUAACAAUAGGUAUCCUUUUAGCCCUUUUCUUUAACAAAGGAUAUGGCAUACAGUACCCUCACUCAAUUUGAGCUCUGGUUUUAACCGAAUACACCAAGUCCUUAUAUAAGAAAGGAAGCUAUACAGUGCAUUCAGAAAGUAUUCAGACCCUUCCACAUUUUGUUACGUUACAGCCUUAUUCUAAAAUGGAUUAAAUAAAUGUUUUUCCACAUCAAUCUACACACAAUACCCCAUAAUGAAAAAGCGAAAACAGUUUUUUAGAAAUGUUUUCAAAUGUAUUAAAUAUAAAAACCAGAUAUCUUACAAAGUAUACAAACCCUUUGCUAUGAGACUCGAAAUUGAGCUCAGGUGCAUCCUGUUUCUAUUGAUCAUCCUUGAGAAGUUUCUACAACUUGGUUGGGGUAAAUUCAAGAGCUCCUCUGUUGAGAUGGGAAAACCUUCCAGAAGGACAACCAUCUCUGCAGCACUCCACCAAUCAGACCUUUACGGUAGAGUGGCCAGACAGAAGCCACUCCUCAGUAAAAGGCACAUGACAGCCUGCUCGGAGUUUGCCAUAAGGCACCUAAAGGACUCUCAGACCAUGAGAAACAAGAUUAUCUGGUCUGAUGAAACCAAGAUUGAUCUCUUUUGCCUGAAUGCCAAGCGUCUCGUCUGGAGGAAACCUGGCACCAUCCCUACAGUAAAGCAUGGUGGUGGGCGCAUCAUGCUGCGGAGAUGUUUUUCAGCGGCAGGGACUGGGAGACUAGUCAGGUUCGAUGGAAAGAUGAACGGAGCAAAGUACAGAGAGAUCCUUGAUGAAAACCUGCUCCACAGCACUCAGGACCUCAGACUGGGGUGAAGGUUCACCUUCCAACAGGACAACAACCCUAAGCACACAGCCAAGACAACGCAGGAGUGGCUUCGGGACAUGUCUCUGAAUGUACUUGAGUGGCCCAUCCAGGGCCCGGAUUUGAAUCCGAUCGAACAUCUCUGGAGAGACCUGUAAAUAGCUGUGCAGCGACGCUCCCCAUCCAACCUGACAGAGCUUGAGAGGAUCUGCAGAGAAGACUGGGAAAAACUCCCUAAAUACAGGUGUGCCAAGCUUGUAGUGACAUACACAAGAAGACUUGAGGCUGUAAUCGCUGCCAAAGGUUCUUCAGCAAAGUACUCAGUAAAGCAUCUGAAUACUUAUUUAAAUGUAAUAUUUUUUAUUCAUCUGCUUUUGCUUUGUCACUAUGGGGUAUUGUGUGUAGACUGAUGAGGAGAUACAAAUGGAAUAAAAUUGAAUUUGAUUUUAGAAUAAGGCUGUAAUGUAAAAAGUCAAGGGGAAUACUUUCGAAUGCAGUGUAUAUUUAGAACCCCUAUUAAUUCAAUUGUGGGCCUAGUAAUAAUGAUUUGUCAUUUAACUUUUAAAAUGUAUUACAUUUUACUGGGGCAUAAACCCAACCCAACAGUAGUGUGUAUUUGUUUAAUCUUUUUUUUAUUUGACUUCUACUUAACUAGGCAAGUCAGUUAAGAACUAAAUUCUUAUUUACAAUGACGGCCUACCAAAAGGCCUCCUGCGGGGACAGAGGCUGGGAUAAAAAAAAACAUAAAAAACUAUAGGACAAAACACACAUCACGACAAGAGAGACAACACAACACUACACAAAGAUAGACCUAAGAUAACAGCAUAGCAAGGCAGCAACACAUGACAACACAGCAUGGUAGCAGCACAACAUGACAACAACAUGGUAGCAACACAACAUGGCAGCAGCACAACAUGGUAGCAGCACAAAACAUGGUACAAGCAUUAUUGGGCACAGACAACAGCACAAAGGGAAAAAAGGUACAGACAACAAUACAUCACGCAAAGCAGCCACAACUGUCAGUAAGAGUGUCCAUGAUUGAGUAUUUGAAUGAGUCUCAAGUUUGAGUGUUUGUUGCAGCUCGUUCCAGUCGCUAGCUGCAGCGAACUGAAAAGACGAGCAACCCAGCAAUGUGUGUGCUUUGGGGACCUUUAACAGAAUUUGACUGGCAGAACGGGUGUUUGUGGAGUGCAGUACUACUGCAGUAGGUAUCUCAGAUAGGGGGGAGUGAGGCCUAAGAGGGUUUUAUAAAUUAGCAUCAACCAGUGGGUCUUGAGACAGGUAUACAGAGAUUACCAGUUUACAGAGGAGUACAGAGUGCAGUGAUGUGUCCAGUAAGGAGUAUUGGUGGCAAAUCUGAUGGCUGAAUGGUAAAGAACAUCUAGCCACUCGAGAGAACCCUUACCUGCCGAUCUAUAAAUUACGUCUCCAUAAUCUAGCAUGGUUAGUAUGGUCAUCUAAAUCAGGGUUAUUUUGGCAACUGGGCUGAAAGAGGAGCGAUCACGAUAGAGGAAACCACGUCUAGAUUUAACUUUAGCCUUUAGCUUUGAUAUGUGCAUGUAUAUGUGCACUGAUAUAUUCAUGGAUGCCAAGGGAAGCCAGGCUUCCCCAAAAAAAUCGACCAAUAAAAAACCGUACAAUUAUUUCUCUUUCGUCUUCUGUGUUUCAUAAUUUUCCUUCAAUUCGCAAGAGGCUGAAUGUAUUUCACAGGAGAAAGCAUCAGAGCGAAACAGCGCCACUCAGCCUACACGUAGAGAGAAAAUCUAUCUGAUGCUGUCUGGUUCAAACAAGUAUCACAUUGUUUCCACCCAUAGCGUUGAAGACACGGGAAGCCAGCGAGCAUCUGGCCUCCCUUGACAAAAAAGUAUUAAAAAAUGAACUGUGAAUGGUCCUGGCACAUCAAAAGAACGUGUCAAGGGAUGCCAGCUUGGAUUUGGCUUCACUCCUAUCAAAUCCAUUGAAAGCAUACAUCAUUGACAGAAACACUUGAAUUGUUGCAUCUCAUUGUGUUGUUGUCCUCUGGUGGCUAGCAAGCUAAAAUUGUCCCGUUCCCAAAUUAUCCAUGGAUAGAGAUAGGGAUUUGGACUUGUGGUUUUACUCAAUUCUCCGUACUGACCAAUGAUUAUAAUGCUUAUUCUGAUCCAACCAUUAAUUCAUACAUUGUUGUGCCCCUGGUCUGAGAGGAUGGAAGUUAAAUAUGUAGCUAGAUGUAGUAGGCUAAUGUUAACUAGCUAACGUUGCCCGUGAAUGGAAGUUAGGCUAGCGAGUAAGCAUUUUAGCCAGGUAGGCUAGGACAACAAAAAAUAAAAGCGUGUUUUGUAUGACAGAGUGACAGACCGUUUCGUCAACAUGAAAGAGAGGAGGAUGGCAUUGGCGUUUCGCUACAAGUAGGGUGAGUCUUCAUGCUUUUCUACUUGCACAAACGUGCACGCGCACACACACAAACAUGCACAUAGAAAUCAGAACCAUGGACAGCCACAUCAUAUUUAGCUUACGUUGAUUGGACUAACUUGUUUUUGGUAUCUUUUAGUUGUCACUGUAUUAGACUAAACAGGGGUGAUUUGAUGAUGCUGAAAUGUUGAAGUUGAAAAUGUGCUGGAAUAGUGGAGGCAGCUCCUGUUUUCUUUGCGACUUGCGGUAACUCUCUGUGGUUCUAAAUCAAUAGUUGUUAAGUGGUCCGAAAAUAUCUUAAACAUUAACUUGCUUGACCAUGCUGUAGGUCAACAGUCUGUUACUGUACAUGCAAUAUGCUUUGUGGACUUCAAUGGACAGAGGUUGCUAUCCGGUUUUGUGAUAAAACAAAGGGGUGGUUGAAUUUAUUCUGCCACUCAAUCUUAUUGUCUCUGCCUUUAUGAAUGUGCAGGUUAUAGAGCAAACAAUGCAAUUAUGACAAUACAUAUGUUGUAAUAAGGCUUUUGUGUGGGGAGGGGGGAGUCAUGAUGUUUUCAUCUGAUUGUCAAACAAUCCCUUCAAAGGGCACCUAUAAUAGGCUACACGCGCAUGUUCAUCCACUUGCAAUAUAUUUCCAGUCUCCAAACAGUAGUGAACGGAAAGAGAGAUCCGGUACACAAAACAACAAAAAGUGUAAUGACAUUUGGCGAUUGUCAUUAGGCCAGAAUGAAUGCCUCCACUGCUGUCUGCCCGUGUCUUGGUGUCUGCCGCUCAUCUCUGCCUUGUCAAAAUGUCAGUGUUCUCAUCAAACCACUUUUUGGAGCAGCCUAUAGGCCUACCAUGCGUUUUCAAGUUCAUUUGCAAAAAAUGUUAUGCCUCUGACAUACGGUAAUGAUAAGUAAUGGUGCAAUAGCCUACAGUUUUCUUAGCAUUUUUUUCUUGAUUAUUGUGAUAGGCUCAUGUUUUACCCGUACAGCGUAACCCCACUAUUUAUUUUGCCAGUAUGCCAUACCAGACGAUACCACCUUAAAGCCAAUUUAUGCUUGAUCUGAUUUGUGGUCGGAGGCUGUGACGCAAUUGCAGAGCCUCUGGAGGCCAAAUUGAACUAUGUACCGCAUCGCCAUGUGCCUCACAAAUUUUGUAACAAUGCAGAGGGCUCUGUAUAGCUCGGCAUUUACAUGAUUGGUUUAGAUAAGUUUUUCCCAAACUGGGGAGGGUGGAGCGAGGGGUCAGUAGGGGGUGGACUUUACUCUUGAAAGUUGUAAUAGUAGAAUGCACAAGGUACAAUUUCAAAAUUGGGUAGUGUAUCAUCAGUUCCUCUUGUCAUUUUUAGUCAUUGCAGACCUUAGAGAGCUAUUUAUAACUUCAGAAAUGUCCAGAUCAACUAGCCCAUGUCAGCUAACGUGUUUUAGCUCAUAGAUUUUGUUGUAAUUUUGUCACUCAAAUAUCACAUGAAUAAACAUUACACAUGGCUAAAUGUAUAUAAUUGGAAGAAAAUGUGCUUUAACCCUCCCGUUGUCCUCAGAUUCUGUAUACACCCCGUGUCCUCCGGGUCAAACUGUCCCGCCUUCACUAAACCCCUAAUUAGCACAUGUGGGACAGUAUGCAUGUGCACAGUCUUUGCAGAUAUAUUUCUUACACCUGCAGCACAAUAUGUGUUUCACAGUCCUUCUUUGGUGGGCAUAUCUGACACCUCUUCUUCUUACUUUCCCCAGCUGGGGCAGUGGCUAGGGCAGCUAGCUCCUCAGGUUGAUCACGAGAUCUAGCCCUCUGAACAGCUUUCACAACUGCUGCAGAUGCUUCUGUGCAGGGGAGAUGCUCCCUUCUUUCGAUGAAUGGAGUUACAAGUGUAAUUCCCAGCUGCUCCAGGAACACCCUCCUCUUGUUCCGCUUACAAGGCAUCCAGGAAGGGUUGAUCUCUCUCCAUAUGACAAAGGCAUUGUAGGAAGAAACAUCAAUGAUGAUGUGGAAGAUGACCAGGGGCCAGUGGGCAGUCAUCCUUCUGCAGCUGUACAUUCCAAUCACCUUAUCUAGGUUGUCCACACCUCCUUUGUUGCAGUUGUAGUCUCGGAUGAUGGCUGGCGUCCUGUCUUCGUGAUCGCUAAUUUCA